UCACCCACUAUUAUAUAAUUUCCAAAACUAACAAAAUUUACCAAAAAGAAAUUAAGGAUGAUGACAUCAAAUCUAGUUCUUCUUCAAAGAGUUUUGCUCAGUUUGUUUCUUUUAUCAGGCGUAAAAUUCUCCGAAUCUGCAAGAACUUUCACCAUAGUAAACAGCUGCAAAGAGACAAUUUGGCCGGGCGUUUUCCCCGGCGACAACUUCAACGGCGGCGGAUUUAUUCUAAAAUCAGGCCAAUCCAUGGUUUUCACAGCACCGGUUAGUUUUUCCGGCAGAAUUUGGGGAAGAACAGGAUGCAAUUUCGACAAAAACGGCAACGGUUCAUGCUUAACCGGUGAUUGCGGUCCAUCUCUCAAGUGUACGGGCACCGGAAAAACUCCAGCUUCCCUUGCCGAAUUUACCCUUGCUAAUCUUGAUUUUUACGAUGUUAGCCUUGUGGAUGGAUUCAAUGUCCCUAUAAGUGUUACCCCUUUAAAUGGUAAAGGGAAUUGCAGUGUUGCUGGUUGUAACGGAGAUUUAAGACAAAAUUGCCCUUCUGAACUUGCAGUUAAGAAUAAUGGAAAAGUAAUUGGAUGCAGAAGUGCUUGUGAUGUGUUUAAUACUGAUGAAUAUUGUUGUAGGGGUAAUUAUGGAAAUCCAUCAACUUGUCAACCUACUUUUUAUUCAAAAAAAUUCAAAGAAGAUUGUCCAACUGCUUAUAGUUAUGCCUAUGAUGAUCCAACUAGCAUUUUUACAUGCUCUGGCACUGAUUAUGUUGUUACCUUUUGCUCUUCAAGGAAGAAACCAGUAUGUACAUACCAUAAUCGCAAGCUCUUUUGCAGUGGAUCAAAGGGUUUAAGAUCAUUGAUAAGCAAUUUGUGGAUGAUAUUUCUUGGAUUAACCCUCAUAGCCAAUUGCAUGAUGAUCAUCUUUUAAUAUGUAUAAAGGGAAUUUAUUUUUUUUUAUCUGGAGAAAUUAUUCGGAUUUAUACUUUUUUUCCAUCAAAAACUAUUGUACUAUUGCAAAGUUCAUACUACUUUUUUAUUUUUAAUUUCUUGACAUAA